CAAAAAAAAAAAAAGAAAAAAAAAAACACUCCACCCCCUCCCCCCUCCUUCCCUGCUCCGCUUGCACAUCGCCGUAUUGGUCGGUGGGAUGGAGCGACUGCGCGCCGGCGAGCUGUUAGCGCAUAAUCAUGCGUUCGGCCGGCCCGUGUGUGGGAUGCUGCACAAGUCCGCUGCGUAAAAGUGGACAGGUGUUGCGCGCCUUGUUGAAUGGGGAAUUAAAAGGGAACCGACAAAGCGCCGCGAUAUCACCUGAUUUGUAACCGGGCACCAGCCGCCGCUGAGCUCCGUAGCCUAUCUGCAGCCGUGGACCCCCCCCCCCCCCCCCUCCCUCCCCAUCCCGCUGUAAUAUUUAUGACAAAACGGAGGCAAAUCAUUCCGGUCACGUUUUGGGCUGACAGCCGGCUGUCCUGAGGAACGCUGGAGUGGAUCGGGGUCCAGUGCUCGCGUUAGCGCUGCGCACCGACACCUGCAGUAGGAUGUAAAGGGAAUUCCCACUCAGCAAACUGAAUCAGCCGUAGAUCCACGGUCACCGUCCUCACGUCCGCCUCGUCGACGCCGGAGGGCGAGGGCCGGCGGGGCAUGGUCUGGCGCGGCGGCCGCUGUUGCUAUGCGUGAAGGAGCGCCGUGGUGUCAAUGGAGACCGAAGGCUACCGUGACCUUCUGGAGACCAGCGACGGUCAGGGGGCGGGCCCACUGGACGGCGGGGGCGCGGUGGGCGUGGAGGAGGGGUGGAGCACCCCCUACCCCCUGGGCUUUCAGGUGUCCCUCACCACUGUGCUGAUGCUGGAGCUGGUGCUGGGCUUCAGCAGCAACCUGACCGUGCUGGUGCUUUACUGCGCCCAGUCCAACCUGGUGGACUCCGUCAGCAACCUGGUCACCGUCAACCUCCACGUGCUGGACAUCCUGGUGUGCGUGCUGUGCCUGCCGCUGACGGCGGCCGUGAUCCUGCUGCCGGCCGGCGAGAGCGGCGUGGGCAGCCUGGCCACGCUCUGCUGCUUCCACGAGGCCUGCGUGACCUUCACCAGCGUGGCCACGGCCGUCAACGUGCUGGUGAUCAGCCUGGACCGCUACGACAUCUCGGUGCGCCCGGCCAGCCGCCUGCUGACGCCGCGGCGCGCCACGCUGCUCCUGGCGGCGGUGUGGGCCAUGUCCCUCGCCGUCUUCUUCCUGCCCUUCCUGGAGGGAGACUUCUUCUCGUCAGGCGAGGACGAGGGCGAGGACGAGGAGCCGGAGCGGCAGAACCGCGACCCCGAGCUCACCACCGGACUGACCACCGUUUUUUCCUCCGCCGCUCCCUCCCCGUUACCCACAAGUCACCCCUCCUCCCUCUCCCACCACCUGCCCCCAGUGUGGCAGAACCGGACUCUACUGUGUGUCGGAGGGCAGGGGUAUUACACCGGCAUGGCUAUGUACUACCACCUGUUACUCCAGGUCCCCUGCUUCUUCAUCGCCGUGGCCGUCAUGUUGUUUACCUACUCGCGGAUCCUACAGGCCCUGAACAUCCGCAUCGGCUCCCACAUGAUGCGGAGCACGCGCGCCAAGGACUCCACCUGCAGGAUCCGCUGCAGGCGGCAGAGGAGGAAGGACCUGAGCCUGCCCACGGAGGUAGUGUCCUCCAACCAGAACCAAAACCUCAGCCACCCGCCCCUCAUCCCCUCCUCCACCCCGACGCCCACGUCGCCCCCUCCCCUCUCCUCCAUGCCCCCGGGGAUGUCCGACAGCGGCGCGACAGUGACUACUGUCAGCACCGCUGCCACCACCCCCAUCGCCACCACCCCCGCCACCCCCGCGUCCCCGACCCCGGCCUCGGCCGCGGCGCAGGCCCACGCCACGGCGCCGCUGCCGGCCUCCUCCAUGGGCGUCCAGGCCUCGGUGUCGGCCAUCAUCGCCCUGAGGCGAGCGGUGCGCAGGCACAGGGACCGCAGGGAGCGCCAGCGCCGCGUCCUAAAGAUGUCCCUGAUCAUUAUCUCCACCUUCCUGGGCUGCUGGGCCCCUCUGUCCGCGGUCAACGUUCUGAUCCUGUGUCUGGGCCCCAGCGACGGCCUGGUGCGCCUGCGCCUCUGCUUCUUGGCCAUGGCUUACGGAACCACCAUCUUUCAUCCUCUGCUCUACGCGUUCACCAGGCAGAAGCUGCGGCGAGCGCUGAAAACCCGGGUCAAGAAAAGGGUGGUGUCCCUCCUGCAGGUGGACCCCGCUCCGAGCGGGGGCACCAUCAUACAUAACUCCUGGGUGGAGGGGGGGCAGAGGAAGACUCGAAAGCCGAGGGUGGAGGCCAGCGACGGCACAGACCGAUGCCUCACGGAGGCAGUGAGGGAAUGAGGCUGGUGUUCAGUGAGCACACGUGAGUGUGUGUGCGUGCGUGUGUGAGUUGGCGGAAGAGUUCGCAUCUUGUCAGUUUGCUAGAAGUGGAUUUUUCGUGUAAGAAGAAAGGAAAGCCGUUAGUUUACAUAGGUCAGGGCGACCUCCAUGACCUUUAGCUCCGUCCAGAUGAGGAAAUCCUGACCCUUUCUACACACACCCUCAUUAGUCCAAUAGUCGAGACGAACAAGAUGGCCACUGUGUCGCCAUGGCAAUAGUGGUCAACCAUUACGAGCCGAACAUAGCCAUGGUUAGCGAAGAUACUACAGUGUAGGGCGAGGAUUAGCAAACACUUUGAACUUGCAUGUGCAUGUACAUAUGCACAGGUUACACACAUUUACAGACAUAUAUAUAUGAGUGGUCAUCAUUUAGUCAUUAUCUGUGAAAGCACACCAACAUCUACCUGCACAGAUAUUCUCAGUGAGAAAUUAUUGAAGGAAGUCUUUCUUAUUUCUUUUGAAAAUUAUUUUCAGGCUUUAACCGAGUUAUAAUUUAUGACUACGUUACCCUGGUGCUGAGUGUUUUGCUGUAUGUUUACAACAAUAGGUAUAAGAAAGUUUGCAAAUACUAUUAAGGUAUAAGCAAAUGGCACGGCAUUAAAAUCCAAGGAUUCAGAUUCAAAGUUUACAGGUUCUCACAAAACUACCAGAAAACUGCAAAAAAGAGAAGCGAGUCGGCCUUCGUUGGCUGAGCACCAUGAGGAGAACGUUACUAUGUCAAACGUGACGGCGGAACUGGUGUGUGGAUGUUCGUGCGACUGUGUUCGUCGGCGUGUGCGCUUGCGUAAAUUAAUGAACGAGCGCGUGUUUCGUGUACAAUAAACGAUCGCGAGCAAAGCAAUGACCCCGCGGAUGCGAACAAAGAGAAUGUGAACGCAGAACGGCGGUUUCCUGUUCAGCUUUAGAUUAUAGCGAGCGGAGAGAAGAGAGGGGAUGUAAUCUUCUAAAAACCGCAGGAGGUCAGUAGGAAUGACAGGAAAGCUAAUUGUGUGGACAAAUUGUAACUAUGUGUAUAUGACAGCCCACUGUAAUAUUACUUAUCUUAUAUCGCUUCAGUUUUAAGUGGGAUUCAAAGGGCAAUAUUUUGUGAAAACUUCAUCCAAGCUAUCUCUGUAGUCAGUGCAAAUCUUAACCAGUGAAAUGUAAAAGGGUGAAACCAAUGACUGACAUGGGCCAUGUCGCGUUACAGUAGCUGUCGAUCGCUCUGGAGGCCAGAGCUGCAGCUCUUGGACACUUUCGCUGGCUCUGCACUGAGUCCUGGACACGUCACACUCUGCUGUUUAUCUGUAUCUCUCUUUCUCCUCAGGGCUUCAUGUCUCAUUUCCAGGCAUGCUGGACAUAAAACAAUAAACCAGCCCUGAAUCCCUUAUUAUGGGUAUGUAUCCUGGGUGUUAAUAAAACAGUAGCUGAGGUUUUACGUCAGAAAGUAGAACGGACUCGAAGUCCAGACAAGCUCCUUGGACUGCGGGCUGUCGCCUCCUUCAUCCUCACCCCUUUUUACACUAUUUGAGAGCCAGGCUGAAGUAAACAAACCUUGUGUAUUCAUGUACAUUUUCAGGGAUGUAAAUAUCGAAGCAAUGUUUUUGGGCUUUAGUCGAAAUAAACUUUUCUUUGGUCACAAUCAUCUGCCGGACAGAAAAUCAGCCACUGAGUGAAACGGAAAGUUACUGUACAGAGAAUCUACAUGUAAGCGUAUUUGUGUUAAUACUGUAUCAGUGUACACUGUAAUGUACAUUUAUGACCACUUGUAUAGAGAAAUAUUAGUAUUGUAUAAGAUUUAUAUGAUGUGUUAUUGUAUAGAACAGAGCAGAAUCUGUAUUAAAAAGGUGAUCUAUCUAAAAAUGGAA